CCCACCAAAUGAGUUGCUGGAGGGAGGAAAUGGAGAGAUCCAGAUGAUCUUGGCGCCAGGUGUGCUGGGCUCCAGGCAAGCCCUAGGAGGCCCUGAUCCCAGAUGCUCUGGGAGAGGGGGCAGAGACGCCCUGACCCCGAGUGACUUUCCCCCGGGCUCCUUCCCCCAGAAGGAGGUUGUUUUCCAGACACCAGCUCCCUCCCUCCUGUCCCCCACGUGUCAGUGGUGUGAUGCUGAGGUUUCUGAGGGUGCCUGUAUGAUCCAAGCUCCCCGCGAGGGGGGAGAGUACAUGACCUGUGGUUUGCUGCUGGCUCUAUAAAUCCCCCAAGACUGAGGCUCGAGCACUGUUGCUUUCCCAGAUGGUGACGAUGCUGAUCCUGAUCCUGCUGUCCGAGGCCUUUCUCCUGCCCCCUGGGGCUGGGGCUGGUGAGAUCAUCGGGGGCUGGGAAGCCAAGCCCCACUCCAGACCCUACAUGGCCCGUCUGUCAAUACGACGUAAAGACAAGAAUUUUCUCUGUGGAGGGUUCCUGGUGUCGGAGAACUUCGUGCUGACGGCCGCUCACUGCAAGGGAGACAAGAUCACUGUCUUCCUGGGAGCCCAUGACAUUACCAAAAUGGAAAGGAGCCAACAAGUGAUCCCUGUGAGACACCAGUACUCCCACCAGGAUUAUAACAAGAAGUCCCUUAACAAUGACAUCAUGCUGCUGGAGCUGGCAGAGAGAGCGAAGCUGAAGAGAUGGGUGGAUACCAUCGCCCUGCCCCGUGCCAAUGAGAGAGUUGAGGCCGGGACCAUGUGCAGCGUUGCUGGCUGGGGCGGCACUAGCACACAUUGUGAAUCAAACUCGGCCAGGCUCCAGGAGGUGGACGUGUUGGUGAUGCAGGAUGCUGCAUGUCCUAGUAAUGGGCCAUACCAUUACUAUAAUGCCUCCACCAUGAUGUGUGUGGGGGAUCCAAAGACAGGCAAAGACUCUUGGAAGGGCGAUUCUGGAGGCCCCCUGGUGUGCAGGAAUAUAGCCCAGGGCAUCGUCUCUUGGGGGCCUUGCACCCCUCCCGGGGUGUACACGAGAGUCUCCACCUUCAUCCCCUGGAUAAAGGCGACGAUGAAGAGGCUGCAGCUCAGAGCCAAGCCGGGAAUAGCAGCUGAGGCUGGAGCUGCAUCACUUCUGUCCUUUGGUGACACCCAGAUAUAGGUCCUGCUUUGCAGAUUGGCUGAGCUCCCCUCUUCCCCGGAUAGCCCCUCCCCCCCCGCCAUCAUUCCACUCAGGCAGCGCCCAACCCAUAAGCAUCAAGGCACUGAGCCUAGGGGAAAUAAGGAGCCAGGUUCCAGACCACAUCCCUUCGGCUCCCUUGGCAAUCCGAACCCCAACCCUUAGGCUAGGGAAACAGCUGGUUUAUUUCCUCUAGGGUAACAGACAUAAACCAAAUCCUGGGGCAGACCCGGCAGUUUGUAGCUCUCCCCCAUGUCAGCUGGUCGAGUGACCAUUUAUUGGGGGAUCUUCAUUGUUAUCUGACCUGAUAACUUCUGUGAAAACUGCAGCCUGCCCUAGUGUCACUGGACCUAUCCCAGGGGUUAGUUCAUCGGGCUGGCCACUGCCCAUUCCAAACACACCUGUUCCCAGUGCCAGGAAGGCCAGUGGGAAGGGAACGCAGAGAAGGCUGCACUGAACUGAUUGCAGAUCCAUCCCCGGCACUGAUCGCCUCCUUCCCACCUUCCCUGCCAUGUGGCCUGUUGCAUUUCGCUCCCUGGUACAUUGCCAGCAAUGAAUAAAAAUGAAGUUACCAAAAAAAAAAAAA